GAGACAUAGAGAGUGGUCGAGAGACAGUUUGAGAAGAGAGAGAUCAGCACACACAGAAUGAGAAGCACUGAAGCGAGAGCUGAGCUCUGGCUGCAGAACAACAGAGGCUGAAGAUUAGCGUCUGAGCUGUAGGAGAAAUUCAGACAAUGGUCGUCCGUCUCACUCUCCAAAUCCUCCGCUGUUGUGCGUCGCUCUGCCUCAGCGCUCCCCAGCCCCCGUCUCAUCCAGCGGCUCCUCGACAGCGUGAGAUAUGAGCUCCAAACACUCGGCGGACUGGAUUCCGUACAGCACCCUGGAUGAUGAGUGCAGUAACCUCCGGCAGCAGAAGCUGGACAGACAGCGAGCUCUCUUAGAGCAGAAGCAGAAGAAGAAGCGCCAGGAGCCCCUGAUGGUGCAGUCGAACCUGGACGGUCGCUCUCGGACCCGCAGAACACGGCAGUGUGAGGAGCAGGCGCCGCUUGUGGAGUCCUAUCUCAGCAGCAACAGCAGCACCAUCUACCAUGUACAAGAAGCUGAGCAGGAGGAGGACAAGGCUGUAGCGGAGGUUCAGGUUCCUCGCUCAGCUAAAAAAUCCAAACCGCUCACGUCGACCCCACAGACAGGCAGCGCCAAGAAGGAGAAAAAGGGCAAGCACAAAGGAACUCAUGGACCAGCGGUGUUCCAGGACGAGGCCCAGGACCUGAGCAGCCCAAUCCAGAUUCUCACAGUGGGACAUUCCGCUGGACAAGACAGCGACGCUGAGGUCCAGAGCAAAACCGUGUCUCAGGCUCAGAGCAAGCAGGACCUGCGGGUCACAAUGCUCAAGAAAGGAAUCUCCAGCAGCAUGAAUUUUGAUGAGGAAGAAGAUGAUGAUGAUGAUGAAGUGAGCUCCAGUUCUUCUCAACUCAACAGUAACACCAGACCAGGCUCGGCCACCAGCAAGAAGUCCAGCAAGGAAGCAGCUUCAGCUUCGACACCGGUGACCAACGAGCCAUCCAUCGAUGUGGGCGAUCUGGAGGAGUUCACCUUGAGGCCAGCACCGCAGGGCGUGACCAUCAAAUGCAGAAUCACACGGGAUAAAAAAGGAAUGGACCGGGGCAUGUACCCCACCUACUACCUCCAUCUUGAAAGAGAAGACGGCAAGAAGAUGUUCCUUUUAGCAGGGAGAAAAAGAAAGAAGAGCAAAACAUCCAACUACCUGAUCUCCAUCGACCCCACUGACCUGUCGAGAGGCGGCGAGAGCUUCAUCGGGAAACUCAGGUCGAACCUCAUGGGCACCAAGUUUACAGUUUACGACAGCGGGACGAACCCGGUGAAGACCACGUCCAGCUUAGAGGCCAGCAACCUGCGUCAGGAGUUAGCAGCUAUCUGCUAUGAGACCAACGUGUUGGGGUUUAAAGGUCCACGGAAGAUGAGCGUCAUUAUUCCGGGAAUGAACAUGGAUCAUGAAAGAGUCUGCAUUAGACCUCGAAAUGAGCAUGAAACUCUGUUGGCUCGCUGGCAGAACAAGAGCACGGAGAGCGUGAUCGAGCUCCACAACAAGACUCCGGUGUGGAACGAUGACACUCAGUCGUAUGUGCUGAACUUCCAUGGCAGGGUCACUCAAGCCUCGGUGAAGAAUUUCCAGAUCAUUCAUGACAAUGACCCGGAUUAUAUCGUGAUGCAGUUUGGCCGAGUGGCCGAGGACGUCUUCACUAUGGACUACAACUACCCCAUGUGUGCGCUGCAGGCCUUCGCCAUCGCUCUGUCCAGCUUCGACAGUAAACUGGCCUGUGAGUAACUCAGUAACUCCUAAGACAAGUGGACGUGUGAGAGGACGUCCUGAUUCCCUCAGAAGGACUUCAGUGACCUGUAGGAGUCCUGAUUUAACUCAAACCCCUGCGAGAGCACACAGGAGCUCAGACUGACCGCGCUCCGGACCUGGGAGAGCUUCUUUCUGCUUUUUGGGGUGGCGCUGAGGGAAAAAGCACAAAGACCGACCCACCAAUUCUUUUUGAUGUUAAAUUUUCAUGUUAAAAUGAAAUAUUGUGUAACUUCAAUGCUACAGCACAUGCGUUUGUAUUAGCGGUGAAAUCUCAUCGUCAGUCUCAUCGCUGGAUUAACUGCAGUUUUCUGAGUAACGCUAACGCUGAACACGCUAACGUCACCACUGAGCACUUCCUAACGAGGCCUAAUAUCACUUUAUAUACUCCGUCAUUCUAACAUCUUAAUGUUGGACUUAUUCUAAUUUUGUAAAGUAAUAUUGAACAUGAGUGUGUGUGUGUGUGUGUGUGUGUGUGUGUGUGUGUGUUUAUGACUAACUUCAGCCAUGUAACGUGUCAUCGCAAUGCUUUAUAACAGCCUCAUGCCGUCUGUGUGAUGUGUUUUGUAUUUCUAUUUUAUUUAUGUAUUUAUAGAUCAUUCAUCUCGCUGCUGUGGUUUUAUUCAACACCACAUGAACUCAACACUCAACACUGAAAAAUACCUGAAGACAGAAGCAGUGCUUAAUGGCAUUUAAACUGAGAGCUGUGUAAACAGUAAACACACAGAUGCACGACUCGGUCUGAACAGUGCACUUUAUCCUGAGUGUUGCUGUUGUGUGUGUGUGUGCGUGUGUGUGUGCGUGUGUGCUUGUGUGUGUGUGUGUGUGUGUGCGUGCGUGUGUGUGUGUGCGUGUGUGUGUGUGUGUGUGUUCUCAGUCCUUGUCAGUGUGUAUCUCAGUGAAAGAAUAAAUUACAACAAACAGAAAAUAAAUUUACUGAAUAAAUCCUGAAA